AUGCUUUAUAUUUGUACAAAUCUUCUUUAUUCAAUUAAUAUAACUUAUCAAGCAAUUACUUCAAAUGAUUCAAAAAGUACAGAAAGAAUUCGCAUUGAAUCAUUUAUUGCUUAUUUUUCAACACCAUUUCUUAUUAUUAUCAAUAAUUGUGCACCUUUUUAUCUAUAUCUGAUUGUUUCAAGUAAAUUUCGACAAGAUGUUAAAAAAUUUAUCACUUGUUGUCAUUUGGGUCCAGUGGUACAAGAACAGAAUAAUUAUCCAAUGAAUGCCAAGAGAACGACAAUAACAAACCGUACAUUGUAA